UGAUAGUUGCAACUUUGACGUUGAUUAGUUUUUUUGAUCAACAAAUUAUGUUGAUUUCUCUUGAUGACUUCAGUUUUCACCACUCUCUUUUUAUUUUUCCUUGAGAGGCAGUUGAAGGAACAAAAUGUUUAAUUUAUUUAUUUUUUAACUACAUUUCUAACUAGUUAAGAAUAUGAAUAUCCGAAAAAAUUAUAAUUUUAUGUUUUAGAGGCAGUUGAAGGAACAAAAUGUUUAAUUUACUUAUUUUUAAACUUCAUUUCUAACUAGUAAGAAUAUGAAUAUCCGAAAAAUUUAUAAUUUUAUGUUUUACUAACGGAUCACUCUUAUAUUUCAUUUCAUUCACUAUUAUUAGUUCCCGGAGUAAUUUAUCACUUGUUUGACAUGCAGUUGUGCACUUAUUUUGUAAAUGGGCCAGUUAAAGGGAGACCCUGAAACUAAUUCUGCAUAUUUAAUCAAGGUGGAACUUUUAGCAGGGAAGAAUCUUAUUGGUGCAAAUUUGAAUGGCACACCAGACCCAUCUGCAAUUAUCACUUGUGGUGCAGAAAAGUUCUUCAGUUCAAUGAUUCCUGGCUCUAGAAAUCCUAUGUGGGGAGAGGAGUUCAAUUUUUCUGUGGAUGAGCUUCCUGUACAGAUUAAUGUGACAAUAUAUGAUUGGGAUAUAAUUUGGAAAAGCACAGUUCUUGGUUCAGUGUCAAUUCCUGUGGAAAAUGAAGGGCAGACAGGUGCUGUAUGGUAUUCUCUGGACACUACAUCAGGGCAGGUCUGUCUUCAUAUUAAAACACUAAAGUUACAUGUGCAUAAACAAAAUAACCUGGAUUCGUUUCGAGAACAUGUUGUGCUUUUUCCAAAGGACUUGGUAGAAUUUGUGGAAAAGGAGCAGUCAGCAUUGCGCGCUCAUAGCAGCUCCAUCAGAGGCAGUAGGGGUCAAUCUAAGGUUUCAGAGAAAAGUCCGCCCAAGACUGAAAAGUUUCAACCAUUCAUCAAAGAGGAAGUGCUUUCUGGCAUUUACAAUAAUGUCUUUCCAUGCACGGCAGAGCAAUUCUUCAAAUUUUUGCUGGAUGAUGAUUCCAAUUUUACAAAUGAGUAUCGUACAGCUCGAAAGGAUACUAAUCUCUUCAUGGGUCAGUGGCAUGCUGCUGAUGAGUAUGAUGGUCAAGUUAGAGAAAUUACUUUUAGAUCCUUGUGUAACAGUCCUAUGUGCCCUCCGGAUACAGCAAUGACAGAGUGGCAGCAUGCUGUCUUGUCGGCAGAUAAGAAAACUUUGGUAUUUGAGAUUGUACAACAAGCACAUGAUGUUCCAUUUGGUUCAUACUUCGAGGUUCAUUGUCGAUGGUCUUUGAAUACAAACUCUGAGGCCUCAUGCACUUUGGACAUUAAAGUUGGUGCACAUUUCAAGAAGUGGUGUGUGAUGCAAUCGAAAAUAAAAGUUGGUGCAAUCAAUGAGUAUAAGAAAGAAGUGGAUCUAAUGUUAGAAGUUGCUCGUUCAUACAUUAAGUUGAAGAUUUCUGGUGGCGAGACAGAUAAUAUUGCCUCUCCUACUGUUAUUCAAGAGAACAGAUAACUGAUGAUACAAUAAUUUUCACACGAGUUCCCAAUACUGAUGACUUGAAGAUUUGAGUUUUCCAUACGUCGUUUAUACAUAUCACGUAGCUUGAGCAACUGAGGUUGAUGGCAAUUCACUAAGUCCUUUGUAUUUCUGUUUUUGUGUGUGUUUCCACCCCAUCUCCUUGCUAGAGAGCUAGCAGUGUGCUUCUGUGAUUUAUAUAGAAUAUAUUAGGUUAUAAUAAUACGAUUUUUUUUCCCAUUCUUGUAGUAUUAUAGUUCAUACAAGUGAUUAUUCAGAAUAUAUAACUUCAUUUAUAUAUUCCAAUAAGGGCGUUAUGUUAUCAUA